AUGGCUCAGUUUCUGCGAGGAAAGCAAGCUGGUAUCCAAAAGGACCUGUCCGAGGGCUUGUCCCCGGACUUGUUCCUCUUGGACGAUUUUGCACGAUGUGGCGUCAAUUCGCAGAUUAGCGCUAUCGCAUACGACCCCGUACAAUCCCUCAUCGCGGUCGGCACUAGUGAUACCCAGUUCGGAAGCGGGCAGAUCUAUGUCUUUGGACAACGACGGGUUUCGGUGGUCUUUGAGUUCCCGCGAAAGGCCUCCGCACGGUUCCUUCGGUUUUGCGCCGACAAGCUGGUCAGCAUCGACUCCAGGAAUGAAAUUUGCAUAUACUCCUUGGCGACUGGACGCAUGGUGGUUUCCUAUGCGCCACCGGGCCAGGUGACUGCCAUGUUAACAGACCCGUGCCUGGAUUAUGCGUUUAUCGGCUUGCAGAAUGGUGAAAUUAUUGCGUACGACCUCGAUCGAGAGUCCUUGACGCCAUUCAGAGUUCCGAACUUGUGGUUGGAACGAAACCCCCGCGCACGUUUCUUCCCCGUCAUAUCUCUAGAGUUCUCUCCGCGAGAUAUUGGCAAGAUCCUAGUGGGAUAUCCAGAGGGAGCGGUGACGUUUACAUUCAAGCAGAAUAUUGCUCAAAAGUACUUUGUCUACGAGAUCCCUCCUGGGGCACCGGGUGGAGACUCCCUACCAGCCCACGACGUGCGCAGACCCAAAUUGACCAAAGCGAUCUGGCACCCCAACGGAAUCUUCGUUUUGACUGUCCAUGAAGACUCCAGUUUAGUGCUCUGGGAUACAAAGGAUGGCCGUAAACUUCAUGCCCGGACUGUCCAGACACCCAACGUCGACCAACCAGGUGGUGCUGGCAGACCAGGCUCACCUGGAGAGGCCCCUGGACCCAAAGAGCCGAUCACAAAGGUUAUUUGGUGCACCAAAGACAACCCGGAUGAAACUGGUCUUUUGGUGGCUGGUGGUCGACCAGCAGGUGACCAGACCAAGGGUCUCGUUUUCCUGGACAUGGGCCCAACCCCCAACUACCAGACGUCUUCCUGGCAAAUCUUGUCUACUUACUUCGAGCGGCCACGGCGACAAUUAAGCCUCUCAGUGCCACCGGGAGCUAAUGUUGUCGACCUUUGCCUCAUCCCCCGAUCCUCGCCCUACUUCAAUGGCGCCCAUGAUCCAAUCGCACUUAUCGCUAUGCUAUCCUCGGGUGAAAUUAUCACCCUGAGUUUCCCUAGCGGACACGCAAUCACCCCCACUAACAUGCUUCACCCAUUCCUCACUUUUGUUCAUCCCUUUGUAAACAAAGCUGUGCUUACUCCCGUUGAUCGGUCGGUAUGGCUUGGUCUGAAAGAGCGCCGGUUGCAGGGACCCAAAUUUGCGAUGGGCGGUGUAGAAGCGAAGAACCCUCUCAAGCGCUUUGAGAACCGCAAUGUUAUUUCGACUGCACACGCAGAUGGAACAGUCCGCGUCUGGGACUCUGGGCACGAUGAUGAAAUUGAGAACGGCGACGUGGUUCAAGUUGAUCUUGCCCGUGCCAUAGGCCGAGUCAGCAAUAUCGAAGUGACUGAAAUGUCUCUCGCCAGCGGGUCAGGCGAGAUGUCUAUUGGACUCAAGUCCGGAGAGGUUGUUGUCUUCCGAUGGGGCAACAACUCCUCAUACGGGCGUGAGGAGUCUCCUGGUGCCAACCAAGGGCCAGGCAAGCUGACACCAAUAACUAAGCGAACAGACCCUGGUCUCAAGACGGGAAUGCUACCUCUGACUCUCUUGGAUAUGCAACAAGGUCCGGUGACGGCGUUGAAGCAUGGGCUGGUUGGAUUUGUAGCAGCCGGUUACCAAGGUGGUGCUUUGGUGAUUAUUGACCUGCGCGGGCCCGCCAUCAUACAUACCGCACAUUUGCCAGAACUCCUUAAGGUACAGAAGCGAGGUGGUUUCCUCAAGAACCGUGGCUCUGAUGAAGUCCAUCCAGAAUGGGCCACCCAGAUCGAAUUUGGUGUUAUGACUUUGGACGGCGAAGGUAUCGUUCCCUCGGCUAACGAAUCAGGCCAAUGUACUAACCGUGUUCUAGACUACUCAAGCAUUUGCUGCUUCGUCGGCACAAAUAGGGGCAAUGUGGCAACAUUCAAGAUCCUUCCUGGUGUCAAUGGCACAUACGAAGCCGCCUUUGUUGGAUCAUCGGCCGUUGAAGAUAAAGUUAUCAGUGUCAUUCCCAUUGAUGCGGAAUCUGGUGGUCUUGCUUUGGCUACACCAAGUGCAGUCGGAGGCUUGAGGACUGGUGCGAAAAUUAAUGGUGUCGUCAUUGCCGUGACUGCCUCUGGCUGUCGAAUCUUCAAGCCCCCAGCAUCAAAGGGUGCCCACAAGUCAUGGGACGACUAUUUCUGCGACUCGGCAGCUGUCGUCAAGACUGAAGGGCGAGGUUACAGCCUGGUUGGCCUCUUCGGUGACGGCCACGCGCGAGCAUUCUCGAUCCCCGGUCUUCGAGAUAUUGGUCGCACCAAAAUUAGCCAUAUUGCGGACAUGCGACGCCUCUCGGAAUCUUGCAUCACCCCUACUGGAAAUAUCAUGACAUGGGUCGGCCCUUCAGAGAUCGGAAUGUUCAAUGUCUGGGGAGGUGGAAACGGACUGUAUGCGCCCCCCACCAAUUCGCUGAAUAGCGGUCCCAAUGCUGACCCUGCCCACAGACACGCUUCAAAUGACAAGCUUUACAACCCAGAAGCAGUGGUUCCCACGCGUCCUACCAUCACGAACGUCCAAUGGAUUUCCGGUACACAAUAUAUUUCGCCGGCUGACAUGGACAUUCUGAUCGGCGGCCCAGAACGACCACCAUCAAAGCGGAUGGUCGAACAAAUGAAAUUCGAAGAGCAAGAACGUCGAAAAGCCCUAAAAGAAGGACGAACCCCACCGAUAUCUGAACAGGGUAGCAGCCAGGAAGGCUACUGGUCUUACAUGUCACGUCAAGUCCAAGAACGCACAGAGCGUCUUGGUAUUGUCGGAGAUAGCAUGGACAGACUAGAGGAGAACAGCAGCGGCUUUGCUAACGACGUUAACAAAUACGUACAGUCACAAAAGAAGAAAGCUGUCCUUGGCGUGCUUGGCUCGAAGUUUGGCUUUUAG